AAUAAACAUUUUUCUCAAAUCAGGGUUCAUUGCUGCUGCUUCUUCUUCUUAGCAGAGACGACACUGAACUAGUGUUUGUUUUUAACUAGAAGUAGUGAUUUUGAUUGUAUCUCAAAAGAUAACCAACACUUUUGAAGAAGCCGGAUUUACACAGAUAGGGGAGGGGACCCUGCCUUCUUUUCCCUCUCUUUAAUAAUUCCUGACUGUCAACAAUGGGUUUGAAAUCGAAUGGCGAAGAAAGUCGAUCACUUGAAGAGGGCGAGUUAAAUGUGGCCGAUAUCAAAGGCAUGAAAUCUAGACUGUUGAUUCUAUAUGCGUCACAGACUGGAAAUGCAUUAGAUGCUGCAGAGCGUGUAGGUCGUGACGCAGAGCGAAGGGGUUGUCCUGCUACACUAAUCAUUUCGAUGGAUAAAUUUGAUGCUCAUUGCUUACCGUAUGAAGACACAGUGGUCUUUAUUGUCUCUACAACUGGGCAGGGAGAUAUACCAGAUUCCAUGAAGGUGUUUUGGAGGUUUCUUUUGCAGGCAAAACUUGGUAACCAAUGGCUGCAAGGAGUCAAAUGUGCGGUGUUUGGGUUGGGUGAUUCUGGUUACCAGAAAUACAAUUUUGCGGCAAAGAAGCUGGACAAAAGACUUACAGAUCUUGGGGUUAAGCAAAUAAUUGAAAGAGGUUUAGGAGAUGAUCAGCAUCCUUCAGGAUAUGAAGGUGCUUUUGAUACUUGGUUGGCAUCUCUAUGGAGUGCACUGCAUCAGAUGAAUCCUACUAUUUUACCAAGAGGUAUCGGGUUCAUUGAUCCUUCAAUGGCAAUUUUAGAUCGGCCCAAGUUUCACAUUAUAUAUCAUGAACAUGACAAGAUUGAGUCACUAUAUUCAUAUAAUUCAGAGAGGCAGAUUAUGAGAGCUCGCUCAAUGUCCCCUGGAAAACUUUUUCAUAAUGAAAAUAGGCCUCCCUGCUUCUUACAAAUGAUAAAAAAUAAGCAGCUAACCAAUGUGGGUUCUGAGAAAGAUGUACGUCACUUUGAAUUUGAAGCUGUUUCAUCUACUAUUAAAUAUCAAGCAGGCGAUGUUCUUGAAAUUCUCCCUGGGCAAGAUCCUGUUGCAGUGGAUGCUUUCAUACAUCGAUGUAAUCUUGAUCCAGAAAUGCUUUUAACGGUUCAGCCGAUAGAUAAUGAGAAUGGAGGUCUUGAAUCUGCCAUAAAUUCUCAAAGUGGUCCUGUGAAACUGAAAACCUUUGUUGAACUGACAAUGGAUGUGGCAUCAGCUUCUCCACGUCGAUAUUUUUUUGAGGUCAUGAGUUUUUUUGCAACUGCUGAACAUGAGAAGGAAAGGCUUCAGUAUUUCACUUCAACUGAAGGAAGAGAUGAUCUAUACCGGUACAACCAGAAAGAGCGAAGAACAGUUUUGGAGGUUCUAGAUGAUUUUCCCUCUGUGCAAAUCCCAUUUGAAUGGCUUGUUCAAUUGGUCCCACCACUAAAAACAAGGGCAUUCUCCAUUUCUUCAUCUCCUCUUGCUCAUGCAGAUCAAGUUCACCUUACUGUGAGUGUUGUUUCAUGGAAAACUCCUUACAAGAGGUUGCGAUCUGGUCUUUGCUCAGCAUGGUUGGCCGGGAUUGAUCCAAAAGAAGGUGUUAAUAUUCCUGUCUGGUUCAAUCGAAGUUCUCUUCCUCCACCUCCGCCGUCGCUUCCUCUUAUUCUCAUUGGACCAGGAACUGGGUGUGCACCAUUCCGUGCAUUCAUUGCCGAAAGAGCAGCACAAAGUACUUCUGAGUCGACUGCUCCCAUACUCUUCUUCUUUGGUUGCAGAAACGAGGAAAAUGACUUCCUAUACAAAGAUCUGUGGCUAUCUCACACAAAAUCUGGUGGAAUACUCUCAGAAGAGAAUGGUGGAGGUUUUUUCGUUGCAUUUUCACGAGACCAGCCAAAGAAAGUUUACGUGCAGCAUAAGAUGAAGGAAGAAAGCAAAAGGAUUUGGAAUCUACUAAUGGGCGGUGCUGCUGUUUAUGUUGCAGGAUCAUCAACCAAAACGCCUGCUGAUAUCUUUUCAUGCAUGGUGGAAAUAAUAAAGAAAGAAGGUGGAGUUCCUGAGGAAUCUGCUCUAAGGCAGCUGCGCUUGCUGGAUAAAGCUGGCCGGUACAAUGUAGAAGCGUGGUCAUAAAACAGGAUUGAUUUUGCUCUGCCUUUCAGUACAUAAGCAAAAUUUUGAUCUUUUCCUGGAUGCCAUUAAAUAUUUUUUAUUGAACAAUUUACAAGAACUCUACUCAAACAACCAACCAGAGUCAUGGGUUUGGUGUUAAGAGAGAGCAGAAAAAAGCAGUGUCAGCAGGACUCAGUGAAACAGCUAGCGGACAGCCAGUGGUGCCUGAAGCAGAUUUCAUAAGAGUAAGACAAGUUUAUUCGUUUUUUGAAGCAUAGAGUAAGACAAGUUAUGUCAGUAUGAGGAAUGUAAUUAGCUUCUAUCAGCAUUUACAGCAUAAUAUGACAUUCCAACUACAAUGGUGGUAUUCGCCUAAGAUUAAAGGUUGAUACGACACACAAGGAAAGAAAUAUUUAUACAUGAAACAUUGGCCUAUUUUUAGGCAAAAGGGGAAAGUAUUACUUGGGAAAGUAUUACUUUUCCAGAAACGGAUGUGGUAUUUCAUUAUUA